UACACCAAUGUUGAUCUAGCUAGUAAGAUCUUCAACUCCUUACCAAGGUCUUGGAUACCAAAGAUAACGACUAUAGAAGAAUUCAAAGAUAUUGCUAAUCUUGAACUAAGUGAGUUAAUAUGCUCACUAACUGCUCAUGAAAGUGUGUUAAGAAUUAAGGGCGAUGAGCAACCUCGCAAGAGGAAGGAUCUAGCCCUCAAAUCUCAUUUGAUGGAAGAUGAAGAAGAAAUAGUAGAACAAAUUGCACUUCUAUCCAAUAAAUUUAGGGCAUAUACGAUUCAAAAUAAAUUAGUACACUAA